ACGAAUUCUUUUCCUUGGUUAACAAUAUUCGUAGUUUUACCGAUAUCCGCGGGUUCCUUAAUUUUCCUUUUCCCUCAUAAAGGAAAUAAGGUAAUUAGGUGGUAUACUUUAUAUAUAUGUAUCUUAGAAUUUCUUUUAAUGACCUAUGCAUUUGUUUAUUAUUUCCAAUUGAACGAUCCAUUAAGCCAAUUAACAGAAAAUUAUAAAUGGAUCCAAUUUUUUGAUUUUUACUGGAGAUUGGGAAUAGAUGGACUUUCUAUAGCACCGAUUUUAUUGACAGGAUUUAUCACGACUUUGGCUACUUUAGCCGCUUGGCCGGUUACUCGGGAUUCCCGAUUAUUUCAUUUUCUGAUGUUAGCAAUGUAUAGCGGUCAAAUAGGAUUAUUUUCUUCUCAAGAUCUUUUACUUUUUUUCAUUAUGUGGGAGUUAGAAUUAAUUCCUGUUUAUGUACUUCUAUCUAUGUGGGGAGGAAAAAAACGUCUGUAUUCCGCUACAAAGUUUAUUUUAUAUACUGCAGGAAGUUCCAUUUUUUUAUUAAUAGGAGCUUUGGGUAUCGCUUUAUAUGGUUCCAAUCAGCCAACAUUUAAUUUUGAAACAUCAGCCAAUCAAUCAUAUCCUGCGGCUCUGGAAAUAUUAUUCUAUAUUGUAUUUCUUAUUGCUUUUGCUGUCAAAUUGCCGAUUAUACCCUUUCAUACAUGGUUACCAGACACCCAUGGAGAAGCGCAUUACAGUACUUGUAUGCUUCUAGCAGGAAUCUUAUUAAAAAUGGGAGCGUAUGGAUUGAUUCGAAUCAAUAUGGAAUUAUUGCCCCGCGCACAUUCUAUAUUUUCCCCCUACUUAAUAAUAGUAGGCGCAAUCCAAAUAAUCUAUGCAGCUUCAACAUCUCCUGGUCAACGAAAUUUAAAAAAGAGAAUAGCCUAUUCAUCUGUGUCUCAUAUGGGUUUCCUAAUUAUAGGAAUUAGCUCUAUAAGCGAUAUGGGCCUCAAUGGGGCCGUUUUACAAAUAGUAUCGCAUGGAUUUAUUGGCGCUGCACUUUUUUUCUUAGCGGGAACGGGUUAUGAUAGAAUACGUCUCGCCUACCUUGACGAAAUGGGGGGGCUGGCGGCCCCAAUGCCAAAGAUAUUUACGAUGUUCAGUAUCUUAUCACUAGCUUCGCUCGCAUUACCGGGCAUGAGUGGUUUUUUUGCCGAAUUGAUAAUAUUCUUUGGAAUAAUUACCGGACCAAAAUAUCUUUUAAUAUCAAAAAUACUAAUUACUUUCGUAAUGGCAGUUGGAAUGAUAUUAACUCCUAUUUAUUUAUUAUCUAUGCUACGCCAGAUGUUCUAUGGAUACAAGUUGUUUACUGCCCCAAACUCUUAUUUUUUUGAUGCUGGGCCCCGGGAGCUAUUUGUUUCCAUCUCUCUCCUUCUGCCUGUAAUAGGUAUUGGUAUUUAUCCGGAUUUUAUUUUUUCACUAUCAGUUGACAAGAUCGAAACUCUUUUAUCUAAUUAUUUUUAUAGUUUCUAG